AUGAAGUUCUCAGCAUUUGUCGGUACUGCCCUGCUCGCAACCUCUGUGGUUGCAGCCCCCCUCACCUCGGAACGUCAGGCACGCCAGGAAAGUCGCCGAGUUGCCAGAGCUUCAGGUCGCUCCAGUCACCCACCCUACAAGCCCGGUACAUCUGAGGUGCUGCACUUGAAUGAGACAUCCAAGGCAGAGUAUAGCACCAACUGGGCCGGCGCUGUUUUGAUUGGUACGGGGUAUAACUCUGUGACUGCGGAAUUCACAGUUCCAACACCCAAGCUUCCCACUGGUGCCUCCUCGAGGAGCCAGUACUGUGCCUCUGCGUGGGUCGGAAUUGAUGGCGAUACCUGCUCCACGGCCAUUCUGCAGACUGGAAUUGACUUUUGCAUCCAAGGCAGUAGCGUGUCGUACGAUGCGUGGUACGAAUGGUAUCCUGAUUAUGCCUAUGACUUUUCUGGCAUCUCAAUCUCGGCUGGAAAUGUGAUUAAAAUCACUGUCGAUGCCUCCUCCAAGACUACUGGUACUGCCACCGUCGAAAAUGUGUCCACUGGAAAGUCUGUCACCCACACCUUCAACGGUGGCGUUGACGGUGAUCUCUGCGAGUACAAUGCUGAGUGGAUUGUGGAAGACUUUGAGAGCAACAGCUCUUUGGUGCCAUUUGCCAAUUUUGGUACUGUUAAAUUUACAAAUGCCGAAGCCACAACCGGUGGAAGUACCGUUGGUCCUUCUGGUGCUAGCAUUCUCGAUAUCAAGCAGGGCAACUCGGUUCUGACAUCGGCUUCCGUGUCUGGCAACAGUGUCACUGUCAGCUAUGUCUAG